AUGGAUCAGCCUCUCAGAACCCUACCGAGAGGAGAGAUCAGCCUCUCAGAACCCUACCCAGAGGAGAGAUCAGCCUCUCAGAACCCUACCCAGAGGAGAGAUCAGCCUCUCAGAACCCUACCCAGAGGAGAGAUCAGCCUCUCAGAACCCUACCCAGAGGAGAGAUCAGCCUCUCAGAACCCUACCCAGAGGAGAGAUCAGCCUCUCAGAACCCUACCCAGAGGAGAGAUCAGCCUCUCAGAACCCUACCCAGAGGAGAGAUCAGCCUCUCAGAACCCUACCCAGAGGAGGGAUCAGCCUCUCAGAACCCUACCCAGAGGAGGGAUCAGCCUCUCAGAACCCUACCCAGAGGAGAGAUCAGCCUCUCAGAACCCUACCCAGAGGAGAGAUCAGCCUCUCAGAACCCUACCCAGAGGAGGGAUCAGCCUCUCAGAACCCUACCCAGAGGAGGGAUCAGCCUCUCAGAACCCUACCCAGAGGAGGGAUCAGCCUCUCAGAACCCUACCCAGAGGAGAGAUCAGCCUCUCAGAACCCUACCCAGAAGGAGAGAUCAGCCUCUCAGAACCCUACCCAGAGGAGGGAUCAGCCUCUCAGAACCCUACCCAGAGGAGGGAUCAGCCUCUCAGAACCCUACCCAGAGGAGAGAUCAGCCUCUCAGAACCCUACCCAGAGGAGAGAUCAGCCUCUCAGAACCCUACCCAGAGGAGAGAUCAGCCUCUCAGAACCCUACCCAGAGGAGAGAUCAGCCUCUCAGAACCCUACCCAGAGGAGGGAUCAGCCUCUCAGAACCCUACCCAGAGGAGGGAUCAGCCUCUCAGAACCCUACCCAGAGGAGAGAUCAGCCUCUCAGAACCCUACCCAGAGGAGAGAUCAGCCUCUCAGAACCCUACCCAGAGGAGGGAUCAGCCUCUCAGAACCCUACCCAGAGGAGGGAUCAGCCUCUCAGAACCCUACCCAGAGGAGGGAUCAGCCUCUCAGAACCCUACCCAGAGGAGAGAUCAGCCUCUCAGAACCCUACCCAGAGGAGAGAUCAGCCUCUCAGAACCCUACCCAGAGGAGAGAUCAGCCUCUCAGAACCCUACCCAGAGGAGAGAUCAGCCUCUCAGAACCCUACCCAGAGGAGAGAUCAGCCUCUCAGAACCCUACCCAGAGGAGAGAUCAGCCUCUCAGAACCCUACCGAGAAGAGAGAUCAGCCUCUCAGAACCCUACCCAGAGGAGGGAUCAGCCUCUCAGAACCCUACCCAGAGGAGGGAUCAGCCUCUCAGAACCCUACCCAGAGGAGAGAUCAGCCUCUCAGAACCCUACCCAGAGGAGAGAUCAGCAUCUCAGAACCCUACCCAGAGGAGAGAUCAGCCUCUCAGAACCCUACCCAGAGGAGGGAUCAGCCUCUCAGAACCCUACCCAGAGGAGGGAUCAGCCUCUCAGAACCCUACCCAGAGGAGAGAUCAGCCUCUCAGAACCCUACCCAGAGGAGAGAUCAGCCUCUCAGAACCCUACCCAGAGGAGAGAUCAGCCUCUCAGAACCCUACCCAGAGGAGAGAUCAGCCUCUCAGAACCCUACCCAGAGGAGAGAUCAGCCUCUCAGAACCCUACCCAGAGGAGGGAUCAGCCUCUCAGAACCCUACCCAGAGGAGGGAUCAGACUCUCAGAACCCUACCCAGAGGAGAGAUCAGCCUCUCAGAACCCUACCGAGAAGAGAGAUCAGCCUCUAA